AUGAACGCUUCCAUUAUACUUCUGUCGAUCGUGACCCUGGUCAAUGGGUGUAAAGAGUAUUGCAACGACAUAAUAAAAGACGACAUUGCACCUUGCACCUGUCGGGAUGGACGUAUAAGGUGUGUGACCAUUGACGAUGUGAACCUGGAUAGUGUGUUCAAGUAUAUAGCCGAUGACAUACCGUACGGCACCCGGGAGUACGAGUCUUUUGAAUUGGAGAGCAGUUAUAUAACAACAUUAGACACGACUGUAUUUCACGGCCUUUUGUUCAAGCAGUUUAUAUUUACGAGUUGCUCCAAACUGACCUGUAUCAGUCCAACGGCAUUUAUAGGUCAAGAGUCGACCACCAUAUUUACGGCUGAAAAUACGCCAUUUUCGUCCCCGGUGACCGCCACGUGCGAUUUGUUCAGCGCAUUGAGUACAUUGACAAAUGUGACCCAGAUUAAUAUAGUCAACCAUCGAAUACCACAAAUACCGGACAAUGCGUUCAACGAUAAUAUGGGAGUAUUGGAGAACCUACGGACCAUUGAUUUGCACGGCACAGGCUCAUUGGGCACCAUAAUCAAUGUGGGCAAAAAUGCUUUCUCAACACUUAAAAAUUUGAACAUGGUCAACUUAUCUAACCAGAAGAUUGUAGCCAUCAAUGACUCGGCCUUUCAGUUCCCCCAAGCCAAUUGGGAUCACAUAACAAUUAACCUCGAGCAUAAUAGACUAAACGAUAGUAGUUUUGGGUCGCACGUAUUCCCCACGAAUAAAGUGACCACGCUCAUGUUGGCCGGCAAUAUGGACCUGACGUACUUACCUGAAGGUGUUUAUAUGUGGCUCGUGGACAAUAAAGUGACCAUGAAGCUAAAUCAAAAAUUAUUGAAUGCUAUGGGAAAGGACGGCAAUGCACUCCUAAACCAUACGCACAGACAGACGGAUGUGGCGCCGCCCGCGGCUAACGCGUGUAUGGAUGUUGACGAAAUCGACCUGGAUGAAGUAUUUGCAUUAUUAGCUGAAGGUUUUCCUUAUGGGUCCCAACAAUACGAGUCAUUUGAAUUGACCAGCAACUAUGUAACAAAAUUAGAUCCGGCACAAUUUCAUGGUAUUCGGUUCAAGGAGGUUAAGGCCUACAAUGAGACAUGCGAUUUAUUCGGUGCUUUGAGUACAUUGAUAAAUGUUGAGGAGAUUAUGAUAACCGGCAGUGAAAUAACAGUCAUUCCCGAUAAUGCCUUCAAUGAUAGGAUGAGAGUGUUAGACAGUCUCAGAGCUAUUGACUUCGGGGGCUCUCAAACACCCGGACAUAUUGGAUGGGUAGGCAAAAAUGUCUUCUCAACACUUAGAAAUUUGAACAAGGUAGACUUAUCUAAUCAGAUGAUAACCGAGAUCGGGGACCAGGCGUUCCAGUUUCCACGAGCCCAAUGGGAUUACAUAAUAAUUAACCUGGAUCAUAAUCAACUUAUAGGGCAAGGGUUUGGCUCUCACGUAUUUCCCAUAAACAAAGUGACCAUGCUAAUGUUGAGGUACAAUGGAAAAUUGCAUUAUUUACCGGAAAAGGCUUUCCGCAACUUUUUUGAGCAAACGGGUCAUGACAUAAGUACGUGCGAUGUGUUGGAUGAUAAAAUGGACCUAGAUAGAAAUAAUUUAUGGCUUGUGGACGAUUCAGAUAAGUUAAAUUUGAGGAAAAAAUUAUUGCAUUUUAUGUGGCAGAACGGUAGGGAACUCCUAAAUCAUACACACGAUGAGAUUGAUAAAGACCUUCCGCUAGACUAUGCAAACGUAUUUCAAACGUUAUUUUGGUCAUCUACCAGUGCCAGUGACUACUGUCCAGACCCUGCUGACAUAUUACCAUGCACAUGCUACAACAACCACAUUAAAUGUGUAGCAACAACUGAAGAACUGGACCUUGAUAGCUUUUUCGAUGUAUUAGCUCACGUAACCAAUGACACCUUAUAUUAUAAAUCAUUUGAAUUGGUAGACACUGCCAUAACCUACCUGCCCCCAGCGGCAUUUCACGGUGUACAAUUUGGUGAACUAAAAUUUACCGGCUGUUCAAAACUGCAAUGCGUUGAUCCCCGUGCUUUCGAGGGGCUGCUGUUUGUCUACUAUAGAGGUGUCGACCCUCCCAACUCUACCUGUAAUCUGUUUGCAGCGUUGAGUACAUUAACAAAUGUGGAGACUAUUAAUAUAGUCGGCAGUGAACUGACAGUUAUUCCCGAUAAUGCCUUUAAUCACAAUACCGGUGCUCUCACUAAGCUUAAGACUAUUGACUUUGGGGGACGACAGACAAAGGGAAAAAUAUAUAAACUAGGCAAAAGAGCCUUUUCUACUCUAAAAAACCUGGAGCUAAUCGACCUGUCCCAUCAAGACAUUAACAAAAUACUUGACUAUUCAUUUGAAUUUCCCGAUUCCAGCCCAAACACCUCGAUGACAAUUAACCUGGAGUCCAAUUUCCUAUACAGUUACUCAUUUGGCAAGGACGUGUUUCUAUCUAAUAAGUUUACCCAGCUUAAAUUUGGUGGUAAUCCCUAUUUACACGCCUUACCCGAGACGGGGUUUCACGAGUUUUUUGGUGAGAAAAGUCACGCAAACAAUACGUGCGAUCUUAUCGGCGAUUUGUUAGCCAUUGAUGUGAGAAACCAGUGGUUAGUUCGCUAUAAAGUAAAGUUAGGCCUAAAUAGGAAGCUAUUGUUUGCCGUGGGAAUGGACGGCAAGAAUCUGUUGAAUCAUACGGAACAGGAGAUGAGUGGCAACCCGCCUAUUACCGAGGCUCCCGGUUCUGUUCAAGUCAACAACUUAACACUUAUACUAACAGUCAUAGCGCUGACCAAUGCGUGUGACUACUGCCCUAACCCUGAUGACUUUGCACCAUGUACAUGUAAUAACGAUAUUAUCAAAUGCGUGGACACUACCGGUGAAUUAGACCUGGAUGACAGGUUUUCACAGUUAGCACAGGGUGCCCCGUAUGGGUCCAGAUACUACACGGCUUUUCAGCUGGAAAGUAGCGAAAUCACCAGGCUACCAGCUUCCGUAUUUCAUGGCAUUCAAUUUGGGGAACUCCGGUUCAUAGGGUGCCCUAAACUGGAGUGUGUGGAUCCAAUGGCUUUCGCGGGACUGGGACCCAGGAUUAAUAGGUUUACCGCCGAGUUAACCAAUUUUAGCACCCCGGUCAACUCAACGUGUGACCUGUUUUCGGCGUUGAGUACAUUGACAAACGUGGAGACCAUUAGUAUAACCGGCAGUGAAAUCAUCACAAUUCCCGAAAAUGCCUUCAAUGAUAGGAUGGGAGUACUCGUGAACUUACAUACCGUGGACUUCGGGGGCAGACAGACUAAGGGCAAGAUCGGAACAGUUGGCAAAAAUGCCUUCUCAACACUCACUAUCGCUUAUCUAUUGGCUUACAUUAAUUACUAUUGUACAGAUGUGUCCAGGUGG